AUGCAUUUGAUGUCUUCUCAGAGCGCCAGCGGCCUCCAUGUGGUAAUCGUCGGUGCGGGUAUCGGUGGGCUGGCUUGUGCGAUCGCAUGCCGUCGAGCAAACCCGCCCCUCCAGGUUACCGUUCUCGAGCGGGCACCGGAAAUCCUGGCGCUUGGUGCAGGGAUCCAUAUCCCCCCAAACGCCUGCCGGGUGCUGACCCGUUUUGGGCUGCUCGAGAAGCUCAAAGAGGCUGGCGGGUACCAGGUGCAGGAUUUCACGCUGAGACGAUAUGAGAAUGGCCAUAUUCUUGCUGAAAAGCCCCUCAAGGAUAGAACAAAGGCGGAAUACGGGGCAGAAUGGAUAGGUGACUAUCAGAAAGUACUGCUUGACGAGGCUCUAGCUGCUGGAGCACAUGCGGUGACAAGUGCAGAGGUCACCGGCAUCUGUUCAGCAGCGGAUGGUCCCCAGACCGUGCUGUUGAAGGAUGGGAGACGCAUCAGCGCGGAUGUGGUGAUCGGCGCAGAUGGGCUCUGGUCUCUAAUCCGUGAAAUUGUAUUGGAAUGCCCCUUUCCACCUACCGAAACGGGUGAUUUGGCAUACCGCGGCACCUUCACUCGUGAUCAACUGAAAGGCCUCAAGAAUGAACGAAUGGACAAGCUGCUUGAGCAGUCAAACGUACAGGUAUGGUUAGGGCCGGGAAGACAUGCUGUCUUCUAUCCUCUGAGGAACCACACGGAGUACAAUCUCGUCUUGCUAGUCGCGGAUGACCUUCCCAACGGUUUACUCACAAUUCAAUCUAGUUUGAACGACAUCAUCUCGUGCCUGAAGACCGCCCUGAAAUGGAAACUCCUUCACUUUAAAGAGCUCAACCAGUGGACAAAGGGAGUGAUCGCCCUACUAGGAGACGCUUCACAUCCGACGCUGCCAUAUCAGGGACAAGGGGCUGCCAUGGCCGUCGAAGACGGUGCCAUCCUGGGCCUACUUCUGGAUAAGUUCCAAAGCACAGGGAUCCCCGCGAAUCAAAUCGAAAAGAACGAGCGGCUAGCAAGCCUAUUGCGUCUAUACGAAGACUUACGCAAGAAUCGGACGGAAGUGAACGUCGCUGGUGCUGUGCACACUCGGCAUUUCUACCACUUAGCCGAUGGCCCUCAGCAAGCGGAUCGUGACAGAGAGCUGGCCGGACUGGCUAGGGAGAAGUGGCAGGGAAGUUGCUCAUUCAACUGGGGCGAUGCACAGUAUCAGAGGAGCCUCCUAGGGUUUGAUGCUCUUGCUGACGCGGAAGAAAGGUUUGAUGAAUGGUCAGUGAGCCUUCAGAAGCCGAUCCAUAGCAAUGGCCAUUUGUAA